AAAAUCCCCAUAGGGGUCCCCGAAACCCAUUUAGGGCAUCUGGGGGACCCCAAAAUCCCCAUAGGAGACCCCAAAAGCCAUUUAGAGCAUCCGGGGGGACCCCAAAAUCCCCAUAGGAGACCCCCAAAAGCCAUUUAGGGCAUCCGGGGGACCCCAAACCCCCUAUGGGGACCCCAAACCUCCUAUGGGGACCCCAAUAUCUGGGACGUCCCCCCUUUAUUUUUUGGGGGGGUCCAGUUGGGGUGGGGUCCUGGUGGCCCCGCCCCCCCCAAACCCAAGGGCGGGGCCCCCCCCGUCCUCCUCUUGCGUCCGUCUGUCCGUCCAUCCGACAGCGACACCACGGCUCCAGUCGCUGUGUGUCCCCCCAUGGAGUUCAUGGCAUUGGGGGGGCCGGAGGGGGUCCCCCCUUUUCCGGACGAGGCCGGAGCUUUCCUGAGCCUCGGGGGGGGCGAAGGGCUGGAGCCGGGGGGGCUGCUGGGGCCCUACCCCCCCCCAGGCCGUUUGCCGCUGCCCUGGGCCGAAGGGGGUUCUGUGGGUUCCCCCCCGUGGGCCCCCCCAGAGCCCCCCCGAUUCCUGGAGCUGCUGCAGCCCCCCCGCAGCCCCCCCCCCGCCCCACUGCCGCCCCCCAGCGCCGCCCCACCCUGCGAGGCGCGGGAGUGCGUGAACUGCGGGGCGACGGCGACGCCGCUGUGGCGCCGGGACGGCACCGGCCAUUACCUGUGUAACGCCUGUGGGCUCUACCACCGCCUCAACGGCCACAACCGACCCCUCAUCCGCCCCAAGAAGCGCCUGCUGGUGAGCAAACGCGCCGGCACCGUGUGCAGCAACUGCCAAACCAGUACGACGACGCUGUGGCGCCGCAGUCCCCGCGGAGACCCCGUCUGUAACGCCUGUGGGCUCUACUACAAACUGCACCGGGUCAAUCGCCCUCUAACGAUGCGCAAAGAUGGGAUCCAAACUCGGAACCGGAAAGUUUCAUCCAAAGGGAAGAAAAGACGCCAAGGAGGGGGUGUCUCCAUGCCGGGGGGGGGUUCAGAAGCUAUGGGGGGUCCCCCUUUGCCCCCCCAAAACCCCCAAAACCAACAACAACCCCCCCAAAACGAUGACCCCACCGCUAUUUACGCCCUCGGACCCCUCGUCCUUUCGGGACAUCUUCUGCCAUUCCCGAGUUCCGGAAGCUUCUUUGGAGGGGGUGGAGGAGGAGGGGGGGGGUUUAUUGCCCCCCCCACCCCCGUGGGGGCUCCCCCAGGUCUGAGCCCCCAAAUUUAA